CCGCGCCUCAGUCCCAGAAUGAAGACUCUUCUCUCCUCGUCCGGCGCCCCAGCGCCUCCCGCGGCGGCUCGGCCCCAGCCCCGGCGCCCCCACGCCCAGAAACUGCCCUUUCCUCUCCGGGACGCCCCGCGCCACACUGGGCACAGCGUCGGCUCCACAGCCUCAGAGACACCGAGGGACACUCACCCCGGAGGCUCCUCCCGCCGCUGCUGCUGCCGCUGGGACCGCUGCCGUCGCCUCCGCCGCCGCCGCCACCAGCACCGCCGUCCGCACCCGCGCCAGCACCCCCAGCCAUCCUCCUCCCACCGCCGCCGCCCUCUCCUCUCCUGUCAGUGGCUUAGGCUCCAGGACUGUUCCAGGUUCCCCCCGCCGCCAUUUUGACUCCUAGAGAGAGCAGGAGGGGCUCGGCUCGGCGCGGCCCUGGGGCGCCUGCGCGGCGCUGCGGAGUCGGCCGAGCCCCCGCCCUCCCGUGCCGUCGUCGUGCUCAGGGUCACGUGGCUCGACGUCGCCGCGCGCGUCGGGCUGCGUGGAGGGCUGCCCAUUCGCUGGAGCCGUGGGAGCCCAGCGCGCGCGCAUUAUUCUUGCUCGUCGGCAGGGAGCUGGGCUUUGGGUUGCUGGGAGUUGUGCAGCUCGCGGCAGCUUCUGCUUAGUCCAGCGAAUUGUGACACAUUAUUAAAUAUAUCAGAAUAGAAUUCUAAGAACGGUGUCACUAUUACGUCACCGGAUGGCCAUUUCCACCAAUUCAUGUUGUCGUUCAGCCGCCGGCCUCCCUCGGGUGGUCGCACACAAUGAAUGCAUCUUUCUCAAACAGAACUGCUUUUCCGCGGAAAGUCCUUGCUGUCGGUCCUGGCGUUCGGGUGGCUGCUUCUUGGCAGUGAGCACUUGUCUAUCGGAAGCACUUGUCUGCAUGGUACUUUUACAAACAUCACCUUGCUACUUGCUCUGUCCUGUCUGCCGCCACUACCGCCGCGUGGCCCUGCUUGCUCCGCAGCCUGCUCCCCGCUUUGCCCACUCGGAGCCCCCGCGCCAACGGCCACUGUCUGCUGUGGAAAUGGCUGUUGGACUUGUGUUGCUUUUUACGACCUUCAUAACACCAGCUCUAUAUGUGCUAGGCAAUAUCAAGAAUUUCAGAAAGAACUAGAUGUAAGAAGAUGUUGAGCAGCUGUAAACGUCCAAAAAACUUUCAGAAAAAGCUGUCUUUAACUGAGCAAAAUUACCUAGUUGGGUUGAUGCAACCAUUGUGGUACUCACUUUCCUCGUGUUUAUGUUGAAUAUUUUGCACUUUUUUAGUACUGUGCAUUAUAUAGAUGUAUAGUCAAAAAUGUUCUGCUUAAAUGUUAAAUAAAACGAAACACUCGUUCUUGGUAA